CUACUGUAUGCCCAGGAUCAAGACUUUUGGCAGCGCAGCCAGGCCACCAAAUCCCUGGUCAUUAAAAUAACAAAUAAAGUGGGAUCAGCCUAUCCGUCGAUUGAGGUUGAUAUAAUGGUCCCUGGGCCUGGUGAGCCAGACCAUCACUCCUGUAGAGGACGGGCUCCAGGGAGAUUUACCAGGAUGAGUAAGAUAACUUUCUACGAGGACAGCAACUUCCAGGGGCGCUCUUAUGAGUGCGAUGCAGACUGCGCUGACAUGCACCCCCAUUUCAGCCGCUGUAACUCCAUCAAGGUAGAUAGCGGCUGCUGGGUGCUGUAUGAGCGUCCCAACUACACAGGCUAUCAGUACGUGCUGACCAGAGGGGAGUACCCAGAGUACCAGCACUGGAUGGGAUACAAUGACAGCAUCCGCUCCUGCCGUACCUUCUCCUAUACUAGCGGAGGCCCAUACCGCAUGCGCAUCUAUGAACGCCCCAACUUCCAGGGCCAGACGAUGGAGUUCGCCGAGGACUGUGAGUCUGUCCAGGAACGCUUCCGCAGCCGUGACGUCUACUCCUGUAACGUUCUGGAGGGCUACUGGACCCUCUACGAACACCCCAACUACCGCGGCCGCCAGUACUUCAUGAGGCCUGGAGAGUACAGGAAGUUUAGUGACUGGGGCGCCACAUGCGCCACCACUGGCUCCUUCCGUAGGAUCACCGAGUUUUAGAUAAGAACACCUCUGCCUCCCUAAACGCAGCUCGUCUCUAGUUGGCACUGGCUUGUCAAUAGAAGAGUAUGCCCAUUCUAACACACAGGACUGUGUCAAAAUAUUUUAUGAAUUUGAAAUAGAUUUUUGGUCAUUAUUAAGUUACAAAGGUAACUCUGAAUGAGUCUGAAUAAAUUAAUCUAUUGUGAA